CAUGGCUAAACCAGCCUGGUAUCUUAGCAUCUCCAAUUAGUCCAAGUUCAGCUGUGUUGUUCGUGUCCAUCUCGGUCGCUGCGGCUCCUCCGCCCUUCGCAUCUGCCGUGAACCAGAUCCCCUCCCGCUCCGAUUUAGCCUGUCAUGUUGAUGUAUUCCUGAGAGCAUCCAUCUCUGAACCUUGACUCGCCUUGACGGUCCGACUUCCGACGUCCACUCCAUAAUAAAGAGCCGGUGGAUUUGUCUAGAAUUUGAUACCGCCAUAGCUUCCAGCUAAGCUGCCCCCGCAGCACUCAGUCAUGCCGAUUCUUCGCCCAGGUCGGCUGAGAACAAUCCUCUCGGCAACCGGUGCGCUACUACUCAUCUGCACUGUGUAUGUGUAUUGGGCGCCACCUCCGGCCUCAGUAGUUCCCAGUACCGCCUUCGAGGUCCCCCUUACAGAACGCCAGAAUGCCUUUUGGAAAGUCUUGAACCCGAUCCUGCAGGCGCACGCACCGAACAGCCCUACUCCCAAGCGCUUGGCUGAUGUGAGCGCUGUCGGCUUUAAUGCCACCACGACCGACCUUCGGCCCGAUUUGACUACAAUCAGUGAUGGGGAUCUACAGGCGAUGGAAGAGGCGCAUGCGACUUAUGUGAAGGAGUGUCGCAAUUCAGCACGCCUGCGACCAGUGCACACCCCUGGCACGCGGGGUAUAGUGUCGACGGCGGGGGCCUCCUAUUUCCCGGUAUUCUUGUCAUCCUUACGGAUGCUCCGGCGACUGGGAGCAACAUUACCAGUGGAGGUAUAUAUGAAGGACAAGAGUGAAUACGAGAAACAUAUCUGCGAUGAUAUCCUGCCUGGUCUGGGGGCACGCUGCCUUGUUCUUUCGGACGUCGUCGGCAAGGGCGCGAUUGAGCACUACCAACUCAAGAUCUUUGCCGUCCUGUUUUCCUCGUUCGAGGAGGUAAUUUGGAUGGAUGCGGACUGCUUCCCGCUAUAUAAGCCUGAAAUCCUGCUCGAGUCGGAACCGUUUACAUCCAAGGGGUUAGUCACUUGGCCGGACUUUUGGAUCUCCUCGGCGUCUCCGCUCUAUUUCAACAUCUCCCAGCAGGAAAUGCCGGCUUUGUCGGAGCGCGCAUCGUCGGAAGCGGGCGUCUUCCUGGUGAAUAAAAGGACUCACCAGCUGACGUUGCUCCUCGCUGCAUACUACAAUUACUAUGGUCCGUCGCACUAUUUCCGGCUGUUGUCGCAGGGGGCCCCGGGAGAGGGCGAUAAGGAAACCUUUCUUCAUGCCGCAACCGCUGUUGGCGAGCCUUUUUACGCCGUCAGUGAGCGGGUUCAGGCGGUCGGUCACACCAAACCGGGUGGGAUUGCGGGCUCAGCGAUGGUCCAGACCGACCCAGCCGAGGACUUUGCAUUGACCAGUGCGGGGAAAUGGCGCGUGCAAGAUCCUUCGGUGGCCAAGGCUCCUCGUGCUUUCUUCAUUCACGCCAACUACCCCAAGUUCAAUCCGGGCGACAAGGUUUUUGGCAUGAAGUGGGAGACUACGCCGACGCUCCGGCCCGACGGCACGGAUGGACGGGCGUGGCUGGUAGCCGAGUCUACCGUCAAGCGGUUUGGAUACGAUGUUGAGAAGGCCUACUGGGAGGAGAUUAAGAACGUCAGCUGCGACCCUGCAAUCAGCUUUCGGACGUGGGAGAGAAAGGAUGAGAUCUGUGAGCGGGUGCAGAGCUACUGGACGAACGUCUUUGCAGAGCCACAUGAUGACGAUCCUGCAUUUACCGACGACAGUUGAAGUUCUCCAUGGGUGAUGGAGCAGAGUCAUGAAGAUUAUCAUGGGUGUGACUCCAUGCUGUUUAUGAUUGACACGGUUGCUUGCAGCUGUACUGUAUAUACCUCUUGUGUUUCUGAUCAUAUGCUUAUUAUUACCCUGUAUUUUUAUAGACGCCUCAUGGCAUGUUGGCAUAACACAUCACUGUGUUCCAGUUUGAUCAUUGUUCUCACUGCGCGUAUCACUAACAAUCAACCUAAUACUGCAACUGACAACAUGUUUCCGAGUACCAGCCAUAUACGCGCCACCCACAGUUAGUUAUGAGCGGUGCAGUGUUUGUUUACUUUCAAGUCCGAAGGAUGAAG